UUGAAAAUGUCAUCUUCACUCAUUCAACAUAGGAAAAAACAAUCACAGCAACGUUCAAAAAAUGUGGAAGUUGUCGUUCGCAUAAGGUUACAAAAAGAUUUGGAUGCAGCUAGAUCAGGUACAGGAUUUUACGUUGAUAAGGAUAACUAUCAAAAGAUGUUGGAUGCAAUUAUAGCUGUAACUGGAGAAAAUAUUACAGCAGAAGAAUUAACUGAAAAGAAAGCAGAGAGAAUCGAACAGUUAGAGGAUCGAAUGUAUAGCAAAGUCAGAGAAUUUGAAGAGACUGUUGUGUUUCAAAAAAGGUUCGGCUUGCCAUGCCGAUGGAAUUUUCAAUUGUACUCAAAUUAA